GUUCGCGUUGCAAAAACAAAUCUAAACCGACCACCAAGCCGCCUCUCGUUCAAUUCCUUCACCUCUCUCUAGAAUCCUGAACCACCAGAAGAUGCUUGUUAUUGUCGACUCCGUCCAGUACCCUUGACAGCUGCAUGGUCCGCGCGUCUGUUCCUGGUUAAGCGCCACCCCCGAAGUUGUGUGCCUCAUUCACGCCCACCCCGUCGCGAGUCAGAGGCGUGGUUGGCUCCAAGUUGCCCGCUUUCCUGCCAACUUCAACAAACCUGCCAGUUCAAAACAUGAACUCCGACAUCCAUCCUGACGCCUCUGCUCCGACUAAACGACGUCGAGCAACACUCACCAAGAACCCUCCACCUUCAGCCUAUCCCUCCAAGCUUCCUUCGUUACGCAAACCUCAGUCGUCGGCCACUCUGCAACGAGCACCGUCAGCUCCAUCGCCUUACCCGCGUGGUACUCCAGGAGCCGCACACUCUGCUCGCGACUUUCACCACCGAUCUCAGUCCAGCGCCUACGGCUCAUCUUCUUCCCUCGAGCAAAUCACCACGAACCCUUCGCCCAUCAUUCCCUCCCACGAGUUCUUCGCUCCUACCACCGGCGACACCUACCUCCCACCGCAAGCCUAUCCUCCUACUCCACAAACCUCGGAUGACCGUCACAACGACUUGAUAGGCGCGCCGUUUGACGCUUCGGGUCUCUUAUCAUCAUUCCAGACCGCGGGUCUUACUAGAGGACAAAAUGAUGUGAUGCAGACCUCACAACCUCCGCAGCUCGCUCGUAAUCAUACGAGUCCAGAGUCUCGUACCCCUUCGGGAGGCACAUCGCACAUGUCGAGAUCUUCUGGAAUCGCCAUGAUGGAAGUCACGCCUCCCAAAUCGGACACCGGCAUCCUCAGCCCUAAGAGAUUCUCUGGCGAUGGCUCCAAACCGCCAGGGCCCUUUCGCAAGAAGAGCGGCUUCUCAAGUUUUAUGAACAACAUGCUAGGGUCACCGCGGACUAUCAAGAUCUCUGCCCCCGAAAACCCUAUGCACAUGAUCCAUGUGGGCUAUGACAAUCAGACCGGCCAGUUUACAGGCCUUCCUGCGGAAUGGCAAAGAAUACUAUCAGACAGUGGGAUUUCCAAGAACGAACAGGACCAGAAUCCGCAGAUGAUGAUGAACAUUGUGGAAACAUACAAGAGCAAUUUCGCGGGUGGAUUUGAUGACGGCGUUUGGCAAAAAUUUGAUCAUGCGAAACUCUCGGACUCGCCUCAAAGCAGCAGCAGCAGUUACCAAAGUCCUGUAGCCACAACACCUAACAUAGGUGCAAAUUCGGCCGCAUAUUCGCCCAUUGCCGGAGUCAUAUCACCACCAGCAAGCCCACGGUUCCCUCAAAACCACGAGGGCAGCUUCGAGAACCCUCGCGCCCCGCCGCCUAUACCAAAGGGUCUUCCGGCCAGUGCAAUGGGUUCCAAGCCCGCUCCCUCACCUGCUCUCAUGAUGCCCAAUAGACCUGCACCGAAACCACCUACGCAGAACCUACGAGACUUGGCGCCAGUCCGACCUGCACCUCCUCCGCCGAUGAAGCAUGACAUGCCGAUACGGACUCAUGAACAACCCGCGAAGCCACAGACUCCAGCUGCAACCAUCUCCACUUCCUCACCCAAAGUCUCGCAGGAAGAAGCGUUCAGUCGCUCAAACUCCACCAAAGCCCCUGGACCAUCCCCUCCUCGACCAUCACAACCCGUACAAUCUCCUGCUCAGUAUCAGCAACAACAAGAACAAGCAAUGCUGAUAGCUCAACAAGCCAUUCAAAGCAAACAGCUUGACCGUAGCCGGAGUCAACGCCAAGUUGCACCGGGUGCGCCUGAGGUGCCACCGAAGAUUCUACCUCAGAAAUAUAGUCCUCACGUACCUCAAACGCAGUUUGCUGCCACAGCUGACUCUCCAAAUCUACAAGGACAAGCACAAGUGGCGAAAGUGGGACCGGUUCCAGGCCCGAGACCUCGAGCGAGACGACAACAAAGCAAUAUCAUCGAUGUCACUGCCAGGUUACAGGCUAUUUGUACCCCGGGCGAUCCCACAACGAAAUACAGCAACCUUAGCAAGAUUGGCCAAGGUGCUUCAGGAGGUGUUUUUACUGCGUUUGAGGUUGGCAGCAGAAGGUGUGUUGCAAUAAAGCAAAUGAACCUAGAACAACAGCCCAAGAAAGAUUUGAUCAUCAAUGAGAUCAUCGUCAUGAAAGACAGUAAACACAAGAACAUUGUCAAUUUCAUCGAUAGCUACUUACACGAGGGCGAUCUGUGGGUCGUGAUGGAAUACAUGCAAGGAGGCAGUUUGACCGAUGUUGUGACCUUCAAUGUGAUGAGUGAGGCACAGAUUGCGGCUGUCUGCAGAGAAACAUUGUACGGCCUACAGCACCUCCAUUCCAAGAACGUCAUUCAUCGGGAUAUCAAAUCUGACAACAUCCUGCUGUCUGAACGAGGCGACAUCAAAUUGACCGAUUUUGGCUUCUGCGCACAAAUCAACGACAGUCAGAAUAAGCGAACAACAAUGGUGGGAACCCCAUACUGGAUGGCACCAGAAGUCGUGACUCGCAAAGAAUACGGCCGAAAGGUUGAUAUCUGGAGCUUGGGUAUCAUGGCCAUCGAAAUGAUCGAAGGAGAGCCGCCUUACCUCACAGAGUCGCCACUACGAGCUUUGUAUCUGAUCGCCAAGUACGGCACGCCAAAAAUUAAGAACGAGGCGGAUCUGUCACCAGUUUUCCGGGAUUUUCUUCAUUUUGCUCUGAAGGUAGAGCCCGAAAAACGAGCGAGUGCUCAUGACCUACUUCAUCAUCCAUUCAUGCACAAUUGCGCUCCCCUUACCAGCCUGGCUCCUCUCGUGCAAUCGGCUCGAGAAAGUAGGGCCGCAGAAAAGGCGAACCGGGGCAACUAACGAUUGUUGAUUGCCUGUGUGUUGUACAACUAAUACUACACCGAUUCUGGCAUGUAUAGGCAAGAUUCGAAGCGAUAGAGGUUUUUGGCCUAUCCCGACCGCAUCUCAAUUACUCUGCGAUUGUUACAGGCGUUGAGCAUGCCUUGAAACCUUGAAGAGGUUCUUGUGUUAUAACAUGACGGUGGUUGCUAGACGAGGCCUCUGCAGUUUGUGCUGCACUUUUUUCUUCAUGACUUGACGGCUUGAAAUGUGGUCCCGACCAAUUUUUUUACUUUUCAUGUAGUCCUUAUGGACGCUGGCUUACACUGCUUUUUAUACGGUCUUCUGAGGAAGCUUAUGAUUCCAUGACGGGCACGGAGUUCUUGGUCAGAUAUCGGAUGCUAUGGCCGAUUCCUUGCUCGGGUUCUAGCGAACGCUUCAGCGAUAUAUCUAGAGGUCUUACUGCGCAAUAUGGGUAUGAUCUUGCACCUACCACAACGGUAGAAGAGAAAAGAGAAAAGAACCUUCACCGAGACAGCUACGCAAAUAGGAAAGACUGUCCAUCUCCA